AAUACAAAAAUGAUUAUCCUCCUUAUAUUUGGAUUGGCUAAGUGGCAUGUUAAAGUACCUAAAGGUCUUGGAUUUGGGAAAUAAUCAACUAUCAGGUCCAAUUCCUUCCGAGCUUGGGAGCUUGACCAGCCUUGUGAAAAUGAACCUUCAAUCCAAUGGGUUGACUGGAAAGCUGCCUUCUGAACUUGGCAAUUUGAAAUACCUUGAGGAACUUCGGCUGGAUAGGAAUAAGCUUCAAGGAAACGUUCCUGCAACUAACAGUUCAGAUUUUACAUCCAGCAUGCGUGGGAUGUAUACCUCAAGUGAGAACACUACUGGCUUCUGUCGUUCAUCUCAGUUAAAAUUUGCUGAUUUCUCAUUCAACUUCUUUGUUGGGAGCAUUCCCAAGUGCCUGGAUUACCUUCCAAGGUCAAGCUUUCAAGGGAACUGCCUUCAAGACAAAGAUCCCAAACAACGCUCUACUGCACGAUGUGCCGAAGCUCCACCUGCUACCAGUCAUUCAGGAGUCAACCAGAACCACUGGCAUGGUCAAGAUGGAAUUAUGAAUGAGGAAGCUCCAAAACCUGCCUCAGCUUCAAAACCCGCCUGGCUUUUAGCUCUGGAAAUAGUGACCGGGACCAUGGUGGGUUCUCUUUUCAUUGUUGGACUUCUCGCUGCUCUCCAAAGAUGCAAAAGCAAAACCUCCAUCAUCAUCCCUUGGAAGAAAUCCUCAAGUGACAAGGAUCACAUGACGAUAUACAUAGAUUCUGAGAUGUUGAAGGAUGUAUCGAGAUUUAGCAGACAAGGACUCGAAAUAGCAUGUGAAGAUUUCAGCAACAUUAUUGGGUCCUCUCCAGACAGUCUAGUCUACAAAGGAACCAUGAAAGGUGGUCCUGAGAUUGCUGUAAUAUCGCUUUGCAUUAAAGAAGAGCAUUGGACAGGCUAUCUUGAGCUUUAUUACCAGAGAGAGGUAGCUGAUUUGGCAAGAUUAAAUCAUGAGAAUACAGGAAAAUUACUGGGUUAUUGCAGAGAGAGUAAACCAUUUACAAGGAUGUUGGUUUUUGAAUACGCAUCAAAUGGGACGUUGUAUGAGCACCUCCAUUAUGGAGAAGGAUGCCAAUUAUCUUGGACACGGCGAAUGAAAAUUAUCAUAGGCAUUGCUCAGGGACUCAAAUACCUUCACACAGAACUUGACCCACCUUUUACUAUAUCCGAGUUGAAUUCUAGUGCUGUUUAUCUUACAGAAGAUUUUUCUCCCAAGCUGGUUGAUUUUGAAAGUUGGAAGUCGAUUCUUUCAAGAUCAGAAAAGAACUCAGGCUCUAUCGGCAACCAAGGUGCUAUCUGUGUUCUUCCAAAUUCACUAGAAGCACGCCAUCUGGAUGUCCAAGGGAACGUUUAUGCCUUUGGUAUACUUUUACUGGAAAUAGUCAGUGGGAGACCUCCUUAUUGCAAGGACAAAGGUUGCUUAUUGGAUUGGGCCAAGGAGUUCCUUGAACUGCCGGAAGUGAUGCCGUAUGUGGUGGAUCCAGAGUUGAAGCACUUCAGAUAUGAUGAACUUCAAGUGAUAUGUGAGGUGGUGAGUCUUUGCAUCCAUCCAGAUCCCAUGAAAGCGGUAUCGAUGCAGGAAUUGUGUACUGUGUUGGAGAGUAGAAUUGAUACAUCUGUGUCUGCUGAGCUCCAGGCAUCUUCUUUGGCAUGGGCAGAGCUUGCACUUUCAUCAAACUGAGUUGAGAAGAGCUAACACUGUAAAUCUGAUAUACAAAAUUGUAAUACUCUCUUCCUACUUUUUCUUUUUUUCUCGAGUUAUACUUUUUUUAUGUAAAUGCAUCCAUGCUAAAAGAAACAGAGAGUUUCAUGCAUGGCAAGUCCUCAUCUCGGUUGUUCAGUAAAUUCUUGAAAAUCACUAAAUGUGAAAGCUCAUGUUAGUUUUUUUAUUUAA